CAGCUGAACACUUCGGAGCUGUGGUGACUGUUCUGGACGGACGCGGUUGGCUAAUGACUGAUGGGUGUUUAUAUGGCCGUGGUUCUGGUACAAAAGAAACAGCGUCCGUCCCCACAAGUCAGUCACAUCACCCGGUAAACCAUCAGCCUGACGAGCCCCAGCUUCCUUCUAUCUCUUCCCCACAGAUAUAUAUAACUCGGUAGCUCUUUCGAAGGAUACCUCCCGAUACUAUUCUUUGUCCCUCCGCAGUCCAUAAUUGCACAGCCCCAGUAUCUCCGCCGAUCUCCCCUCAGCACUCCGUCUCGAUUCCGAAUGCCAGUUUGGCGCAAUCAUAAAGCCUUGAGUGGCAGUCUUGUCCCCGGAUUUUUUCUCCUCUUCACAUCCCUCUUCGGGCCAUUCAUCCUGCGUUCAAUCCAGCGCCGUCUCACCUCACCUCGGCCCUCUCGCCCUGCUGAACUCAAGCCGUCAUUGAUGACCACCGAAGAUCUCCUCAAAGACUCUCCCGAGGGCUCCUCCGCAACACACGGAGAUAUCCACCACCCCAACAUGGCCCCAUCUGCGGCGAAUUCUCGAGAAAUAGCCGACUAUUGUGCCUUCAUAGCCCAGCUACCACCCCCGACCUUGUCAUUUUGUCCCUCCAUGGAGCAUCCCUCGACGGCUCCAGAGACAUCCUCCGAGAUGGCCGCACCAGCCCCGACGGCGGAAGGCACCAACUACCAGAGGGUGUACAAAGAAAUCUUACCCUCGGGGGAUAUCAGGACUGUGCUCGAACAGCACUAUGAUAUGGGCAAUGGCAGGCGCUGGAGGAGGAAAAUGGUGGUGUACGGAGGGAUGGAGGAAUCGGAAAAGCCAGCUGCAACGACCGAGUCAACAUCGCGGACCAACGGACGAGUUUGAUCGUUGGGCUGGCGGGGGAGAA